CCGAGCUCUCCAGGGUGUCUCCGCUAAUUCGCCCUCCCAAGGUUCGUGAGACAUGUCUCCGACGUCGAGCAAUGGUCAGGGACACAGACAGACUGCUCGACUCUUCCAAUCCUUGCUCUAAAUCCGCAGACGUCGUCCCGAAAGCGGAGGCGGCUACCACCAAGAGAAAACACCAAGCGCCCCCAGCAUCGUCCUCCGGGGCGGGGCGGUACCUGACCACAUGCGGUUUCACGCAGGCGCAGCGGCUCUCGACUUUCAGGAUGACAUCAACCCGGUAUACUAACAUCCGGUCAGCCCGCCAUGAUGUAACAUCACGAAGCUUACCUGUGUUGGCGGCAGCGACGGGGCGAGCAAGGGUUGCAAGGGUCGUUGGCGUCCAGGAAGCCGCUGCCGUAAAUUUCACUUUCCGCAUGCAAAUGUCUAAAUCCUGCCGCACACAAUUGGUCCAUUCCCGGGCAGUGCAAGGGUCCGCGAUAUAAAGUCUCGGUCUGUCCUCCUGGUCGCUGCACCAGCCUCGUCUUCUCAAGUGCUUGCUCUCGAUCUCUCUCGCCGUGGUGUACAAAUUUCUGUCUUAGUUAUUGUCACUCUCUGUCCACCAUGCCUGCCAGAACGACUCCCAACGCUCAUUCAUCGUCGGUAAUCAUGCAGCACGACUCUGCAAGCGAUUUCCUUGCAGUCGCGUACCCUACACUACGUCGCCACGAAGCUUCGUCCAACAUCGUACUGGCACACGCCCUGAAGCGGGUCAGCACAGAAGCGGCCCUGUCCGGUGCCCAGUUCACCUCCGAUGCAGACGUCGAUGCCUGUCUUGAGGCCGUUGACGCGUCAUCAUUUGCCCCCCAUCGCACCAGCGGCGCGUUCUGGCUAACGCUGUGGAGCUCGUCUCCAGGCUGCCAGCCGACGCUCGAUAUCGUACUGGCAUGCGUAGACUGGACAUUGGGCAACUACCCGAUCUUCUUGUGGUCCCCCAAGAAGCCCAGCGAGAACUCUUCGUCUUGGUUCCAGCCACGCAUAGAACAGCUCGCGGACUACCUCAGACAAUGCGUCGGUCCAGAGCGUGUCUUCUCGAUCUUUGGCAUGACCUCCCUGGUUAAGACAUUCGCACGGUAUUGGUCUCAAGUUACGGGCUUCAGGAUCGAACCUGAGCCCUUCUACGCGGCUUACUUUUCAUUCUGCAACGUGAACACGUUCAGACCAUCGAACGUACCCCUUCCCACUGGUCACCGCCUCCGGCGGGCGAUGAUAGCCGAUCUCGAACAAGUUGCGCAGCUCUGCAAGGAGUUCGCCGAUGACAGCGUGCACUUCCCCCUACCCCUUGAUAGGGCACGCAUUGAAGCGAGGGAGCUCAUCUCCAAGGGCCAGAUCUGGGUCUACGACGCCAACGGUGCUCUCACGACCAUCUGCGCUGUCACCAGAAACACACACCGUGUGUCCGCAAUCACCAAGGUGUACACGACGCCCCGGUGGAGGCGUCGCGGGUGCGCCGAGUUUCUCGUACGCUUCGUGACCGCGCAACUCUUGUUCGACUGCGGGAAGGAGAGCGUCGUACUCUACGUCGGACAUGAGAACAGCGCCCAAAAAGUGUAUCACCGCGUCGGGUUUGCAGGCCUCUGCGGCGAUGAAAAGGUUGAUGGCGUCGAAGACUCGCUCGAGCUAGGCUUCGUCGGAUCUGCCAGGGGUCACUGGUAAACGCUCACUAGACUCUAUUAUCGGAAACCCCAGCCUAAUUACCUCAACAACUUCGGAUCAUUGUCUCGAUGCUACCCCCACUGUAUCUCUAGUAUUUAUGUAGCCAUUAUCCAGCAUCCUAUCCUUUCCGACUCACUGUUCUCUAUUUUCGAUUAACUGUAGACACUCAUCUUGUAGUGCUCUCCUGCUACAUAGUAUUCUUUCUGUAAUCGCUCGUGUAGAACACGCGUCCUUUCCUAUUAUAUAUGCUAUAUCCUAUAGAGCCUCGCGCGUGAAAUCACCGCUCUUGCCGCCUGCUUUUUCUGUCACAGCGAUAUCUCCAAUAAUCAUCUCCCGCCCAGCAACAGCCUUGAGCAUGUCCCACACGGUCAAGAGCCCCACCGAUACCGCCGUCAACGCCUCCAUCUCUACUCCGGUCUUGCCCUCGCACGUGACGGUUGCGACACAUAAUACGCUGUACGAAGAGCGCGCGCCGAGCUCGUCGGACGAACCUUCUUUGUUACGCGCAGACGUGGACUCCUCGGGCACAGCAUGGUCGCUUUCGGGGUACAGCUUGACGGAGAUCUGGGACAGCUGCAGCGGGUGACAGAGUGGGAUCAGCUCAUGCGUGCGUUUGCAACCCAUGAUGGCCGCCAGCUGGGCGACAGUGAGUACGUCGCCCUUCGCGCGCGCCUUACAUUUAGCACGCUCAAGCGCGCUCUGGGCUUCUCGAGUGUCUCUGCCCUCUGAGACUCCGCCGUGUCUGGUCGGGGUCGGAGGCUGCGAGAUGAGUUCGUAAGCGACUUGAGGUAUGUGGAUUCGUCCGCUCGCCGUCGCAGUCCGUUUUGAUGGCUCCUUCGCUGAUACAUCGACCAUGUGUGCCUUGCCGGCGUCGUCGAUGUGAGUCAGCCGCAGCGAUCGAUGCGAGACGGCCGACGAGGAAUUGUGACGACGCUGGUAUAUUGAUGGGGCAGAGUAAUCUGCGUGCGCACAAAGCAGUGUUCGGAGACUGAUACAUCUAUGUGGUUGCGCUUUUCGGACGCCACGAAGUCAUGAUCUGUACUCAACCGCCAAUUAGGAUCAUCGGACGGUUUGUCACGGUGUCGAUGUCCUCCAUCCCCGCAUGUUUUUCCUGCUUGCCCUGAACAGCCCGCCCAAUCGUCUGCAACAGUUCCUCAUCCGUCGCACCCUGCCUCAUCCGGUCGCGCAGUGAGAUCUCCUUAGGAUCAAAUAAGCAGACCUUAAUCUGACCGUCGGCAGUAAGUCGUAGCCGAUUGCAGGUACCACAGAAGUGAUCAGACAUGCUACUGAUGAGACCGAAACCGCCCCGAUGGCCAGGUAUGACAUAAUUCCGGGCGGUGUCGUUGGACUCGUCUGGAGCCUUCGUUACGCCCGGAUAUUUCGCCUGAAUGCGACCGAGUAAUUCAGAUGAUGGCACCAUCUUCGCCUUGUCCCACUUGUUGCCUGUAAAGGGCAUGAACUCAAUGAACCUAACUGAGAUCGCCUUGUCCCUGGUCAUCUCUACAAAAUCUAGCACUUCGUGGUCGUUCAGACCCUUGAUGACUACCGCAUUCAGCUUGACCGAACGCAGCGGGGAGACCAGAGCGGCGUUCAAGGAGCGCAGUACGGCUUCAUGACCCGGGCGCCGCGUCAUGAUCUCGAAUUUGAAAGGAUCUAAGGUAUCGAGACUCAAGUUUAGGUGCGUGAGACCAUUCUCGAUCAAGUCAGGCAAUUUGCGGUGCAAUGCGAUGCCAUUACUUGUGAUACCAAUGGACUCAAGUCCGUACUUGCGCAGCUCGUUGAGACGGCCGACAAGCUGGAUGAGACCCUUGCGCACCGUCGGUUCCCCACCUGUCAACCUGAUUUUCGUGACACCGUUUCGCACAAAAAGCGUCGCGAGCCGCACAACUUCCUCAUCUGUGAGGAUGUGCCCGUUCGGCGAGAGCUCAAUGCCUUCGCUCGGCAUGCAGUAAAAGCACCGAAGAUUGCAUCUCUCUGUCAGAGAGAUGCGCAGAUAAUUGUGCGGACGGUGGAACGUGUCGACCAGGAACGGCGAGACCCUACCCUUCUCAGCAUCAAUUUGAGCGAUCCGGGACCUGGCUCUGAGUUGCUGGUCCAGCGGGACUGGAUACGCCUGCUCCGUGACCGCGGCGGUCUUCAAUCCGCGAACGCAGCGUCCGCGCAUGCUACCCUGCCUCAGCAUCG